CCGGAAAAUCUAUGGAAAUUGAAAGUAAAAAUGGAAAGGACGAAGAAAACUCCAGAUUAUACCACAUAUUUCUGGAAACGGAGAAAAAGGUAUAUAAACGAUGUUGGUCACCAGUCUCUCAGCAUAUUAUUUCAAGUCAAAAGCGAAGCAAAGUGAAGUGUUCUCUGAGUUUUCUUGAAAGUUUUUCGCGAAUUUUGUGUCUGUUUUCGGAGUAACUCUCUGUCGAACGCGUUUAUUUGCGGCGUUUAUAUUCAAUUAUUUAACGCAUAUAUACAUAAUCAGCGCGAAUCAAAAUGUCUCUUUUGCCGUUUGUUUUAAAUGAAUUGGAUGACUUAUACCGACCAAGGAGUGCCCUCGACAGCUUGUACGAUCAAAAUUUCGGCUUGGGGCUUCUUAAUAACGAUCUAGUGCUACGAAGACCUUCUGCUGGAGCAUUAAGCGUACCAAUUCGAUCAGGCUAUCUUCGACUUCUUCGUCCAUCUAUAUUAGAAGAAAGUGGCAUAUCGUCGAUUGCCGAUGAACGUGAACAAUUUAAGGUGAACUUGGACGUUCAGCAAUUCAAACCGGAAGAAAUUACCGUGAAAGUUGCCGAUAAUUAUGUCGUCGUUGAAGGAAAACAUGAAGAGAAACAAGAUAAGCACGGAUAUGUUUCUCGUCAAUUCACUCGUCGUUACAAACUUCCGGAUAAUGUGAUACAAGAAAACAUCUCUUCAACUAUUUCGUCUGAUGGAAUAUUAUCGGUGGUUGCUCCGAAGAAAGUUGAGGCUAUUGAGAACUCUGCUGGAAGACAAAUUCCUGUCACCAAAACUAACCAACCAGCUUUGAAAAAAUCUGAUGGACAGGAAAAAAUGGAAUCGUAAUUUUUUAAUUCUUAAUUUCAUAUACCUUACUAGAUAUUAAUUGUACUAUUUUUCAUUUUCGUAUCGUUCCUAGUAUUGACUUUCCUUUCUUUAAGUUCGAAGAUGUUCUCAUAAUGGUUUUAUUCAUAUUAUAGCUGUCUUUCUACUUAUUAAGGUUUUGUUUUUUUAAGAUGAGUAUACGUUUGUGUGAAAUUGAUCUAGAGGUAUGUGUUUUUUGAUAAAUAAAUGAUCAAAUACA